UUCUCUUGUAAAAUUCAGUUCCGGAAUUUGGAAGCGCUAAUGGGAAAGGGUUCAGAGGGAGAUAGCGAUUGGGUAACCAAGACCCCGCUAAGUCUAGAGGCUGAGUCCGACUCUGAAUACAAUAAUUAUUCACUUAGACCGAGGAAACGAAAGAUGAUAUUCAGCUCGGAAGCAGAUAAAUAUUCUCUACGUCCAAGGAAAAUAAAGGACAGGUUUAGCUUGGGUGCAGAUGAUGAAGAAAAUCACAGAUUCAAAGGCUUGAAAUUUAACAAGACACUGAGGCAUCGAGCUGAAACUAAGAAUUAUAAGCCAAAAGUACCGCGUGAUGAUGAUCUUCUUAAGACCUUUAUCCCUCGGACACCGAAAUGUGCCACUGCUGAAAGAGCAAGAGAAGACCUCUCAGGCGAAAGGGAAAAAUUGGAUGAGCCAAGUGGAUGUGGAUUUCAACAACCUUGUACGUCUACUGGUAGACAUUCUGAGAUGGAUGGACACAAUAUUAUUGGAGAUCAAGAACGUCCUUUACAAAGAUCUUGCAAGAAAGCAUUGCGUUUUGAUGAUCCAAUUGUUAGAGCUGUUAAUAGGCCUGUUUAUGAGAUCCAAAUAGCUGAUAAUCUCCCAUGCAGUCAGACUUUUUCGGAGGAUCCAAGCUCAUCAAAAAAGUUCAGCCGAUGUGUCCAGGUGUAUCAUAGAAGACUUAACAAGUGCAAAAAAGUUCAACCAUUCUUUGAGUGGCAUAGCAAGCCUGUCCAGGUGUACCAUCGAAUAUUUAAGAAGAAUCAGAGGCAUAGCAAGUGCAAAACAGUUAAGCCAUUCUUUCAGGAAAGGCGGAACAAGAAGCGGAAAGCAUCAGUAAUUUUAACAGAAGGUAUAAAGGACAGUCCAGGGAAGAAUGCGUCAAUUCACAAGAAACCAAGGCGUCAAGUACCUAGCAGUGAAGGUGGACCCAUAGUGAAACAUAGUAAGAAUUCUCAAAUCCAUCGCAAGAAGCAAGACGCACUAGCUCCAAUCAAUGAAACACCUAGUGACAAAGACAGAAUGAUCUUGAGAACCAAAGUAAUCCUUGAUGAGGAGACAAUACGAGAAUUGGAAUUUCUGAUGGAAAAACCGGAACAUGAAGGCUGCAAAUCUGAAAAGUGUGAUGAAAGAUGGGAGAAAGAGCGGGAAUUGUUCUGCGGACGGGUGAUAUCUUUCAUUUCUCGCAUGCAUCAUAUCCAAGGUGAUAGACAGUUCUCACAGUGGAAAGGUUCAAUUGUAGACUCUGUGGCCGGGGUUUUCCUAACUCAAAAUGUGUCGGACAACUUAUCAAGCUCUGCUUACAUGUCCCUUGCUGCUCAAUAUCCUUGUUACGAAGUCAGAUUUACAUCAACAUUCCAAAACAAUAUUGAAUGUUCAGAUACAGAAAGCAGGGAUGGAGUUGACAUUUGUCAUCCUUCAACCUCUGCUGAAAAUGUUACAAAGACAGUACAAGAAAGCGGAUUGAUGUCAGAGAGAACAACUGAAAAUUUAUUAUCAUGUCGAUCCCGGAACAGAAAUGAAAAGACCAAGCUGGAAAAAUCUUCAGAAGGAAGUGCUAACCAGGGGAUAAACCGAAGAACAAAUACGAAUGUGGGGAAGAGGGAAAAGGAGGAGAUAUUAAAUGAGCAAGCUGAACCAGUCUUGAGAAGGAAAAAUAAAAAUGCAGACUUGAAAAGUGAAGCCAUUAAAUGGGAAAAUAUGAGGAAGUCAUCUGCCUUUGUUAAUCCCAAAGAGAGAUGUGCUAACACGGUAGAUGCCAUAGAUUGGCAUGCAGUCCGUGCUGCAACAGCGGAUGAGAUAGCGAAAGCUAUCAUGCAAAGGGGAAUGGACAAAAAGCUUGCACUAAGAAUUAAGAAUUUUAUCAACCGCGUGAUCCUAGAACAAGGGAAUGUGGAUCUAGAAUGGCUACGUGAAGUUCAACCAGAAAAGGCUAAGGAGUACUUGCUGAGCAUUUAUGGUUUGGGAAUGAAAAGUGUGGAAUGCAUAAGAUUGCUAAGUCUCCAACACCAAGCCUUCCCAGUAGAUACAAAUGUAGGACGAGUACUCGUGCGAUUGGGUUGGGUACCUAUUCAACCACUUCCAAGAGGACAAGAUAUGCAUCUUUUGAAAAUGUACCCGGAUGCGAAAGAUGUUCACAAGUACCUCUGGCCACGGUUGUGCACACUCGAUCAUCUAACACUAUAUGAAUUUCAUCAUCAGCUAAUUACCUUUGGAAAGGUCUUCUGUACAAAAUCAAGCCCAAAUUGUAAUGCAUGUCCAAUGAAAGCAGAAUGUAGACAUUUUGCAAGUGCUUUUACAAGUGCAAGAGUUCCCCUGACAGGGCCGCGGAAAAAGAGCUCUGCAAAUAUCGAUACUGCUUUAGCACCUGUAGACAGUGCAUUCUCUGUAGACAGUUCUUCUGCUCCGACUCAAGCAAAUCUUGUUUCUUCUUUUGCCGAAGCCUCAAAUUCAGAACAUUUGAUGGGAGAUAACCAGAAUGAGCUUAUCACCUAUCCAGUACUUGAAUGUAAUGGAGAAACAGAUCUCGAAGAUUAUUGUGCCAGUGACAUACCUACGAUCACAUUUGAUCGCGAGGCGUUCAAGGAAAAUUUGUUAAGUUACUUAGAUGAGCAUGAUCUCUCGAUAAAAGACAUUGACCUGUCUAAUGCUUUGGUCAUUGCCACUCAAGAAGCACCUUUGCCUAAAUGGAAGAAUAUUGGUCGGUUAAGGACGGAGCACCAAGUCUACGAACUUCCAGAUUCACACCCGCUGUUAGAAGGGCUAGAUAAACGAGAACAGGAAGACCCUUGCCCAUAUCUACUUGCUAUAAGGACACCAGGAAAUGCAGCUUCAGAAGAACCUACAAAAGAGAAGUGCCAAUCCUCCAACUCCGGUGAAACACUAAAAAAGGUCGAGAAGUGUGAAAACUGCAAUUGUGAUGAAACCCAAAACAAGGUCGCUCCAUUAAAUAUGGACCCAGGAGGCAAUAAUCAGACUGUUCAAGGGACACUUCUGAUUCCAUGUCGAACAGCAAAUAGGGGAAGAUUUCCACUCAAUGGAACAUACUUCCAAGUAAAUGAGGUUUUUGCAGAUGAAGACUCCAGUCGACAGCCAAUUGAAGUUCCAAGGGCAUGGAUAUGGAACUUGCGAAGAAAGACCCUAUAUUGUGGCACCUCCAUCAGAGCAAUAUUUAGAGGGAUGUCAACAAAAGAAGUACAGAAUUGCUUUUGGAGAGGAUAUGUAUGUCUGAGAGGAUUUAACCCCAAAACACGAAAACCUGGACCUCUUCCCCUUGACCUUCAUCGUCCAAUAAGCAAGUCAGGAAAAUCAAAGGGCGAAGCAAGGCUGUCUUCAGAAGAUCAAAGAGAAUGAAAAUUGUGUAAAUUUUCUUUCAAUUACACCACCUGGAUUAAACACUAUGCUUGGUCCAAAUUGUUAAAACCUUUUUGCCUGUUUGAGUUGGCUGUCAGUGUUGGAGGCAUGUCUAGCACAAGAAGGGUUGAAGAAAAGAGGCAUUAAUCUAUGUAGCAGAUGCUACUUAUGUACAGAAGACAUUGAAAGUGAAGAUCAUUUGUUUGUUCACUUGCAAAGUGGCUAGAGAUCUUUGGAAUUUGUUCAGUAAUAUUUUUGGUAUAAAGCUGGAAAUACCAAACCUGUGUGGUCUCUACACUUUUUGAAAGCUAGAUGCUUAAUUAAUCUUUAUUCUUGGAGUAAAUAUUCUGAUGUAAAUAGGUCCUUAGACCUCUUUGAUUUUGUAAGCUCCUUAAACUGUUUGGAAGGUGAUGAUUGGGAGGGACUUUGUUUUUUGUAAUUAGCUGCCUCCUCUGGAUGCUUGUCUUAUAUGAAUCUAUUUAACUUGAUCAAAAAAAAAAAAAAAAAAUGCUUUCAUAUAAGUGCAUAUGGGAAUGA